AGUGAAGGCUGGACCCAUACAGGCAUCCAUCUCUCCCUGCCUUGGUGACGGGGCUGACCUGGGCAGCUGGCAUGGGCUGGGUCUCUUCCCCUUGGGCUGAGGCAGGGUUAUCUCCCAGCUGCGUGGUCCUGGCAGUCCUGCUGCUAGCCCUGGGGUGAAGAGCUGUGGGCUCCGGCUGGCCCGUGGCUGGCUAUGGAGAGCGUGGGGGCCUGAUCCCGGUAGAACAGAGCUCAGUCCUGGAGACAGGAGGGGCCACCUCAUGCCCACUUGAUUGGAGUGAAAGUCUGUGCUUUAUCACUAGCUGCAGAUAGGAGCUUAUGAGGCUCAAUAAAAAUGCUGGGCUGACAUAAAGCUCCCUCUUGCUGCUGCUGCCUAGGGCUGCCAUGGUCUCUGCACGCUUCCUGGCAAAGGCUAGGACUCUGCUCCAUGUCCGCAGCCGCCUGGUCCGGGAGUGCCUGGCUGAGUUGCUCGCUGUCUUUGUGCUGAUGUUGAUAACCCUGGGCGCCGCGGCACAGACCGUCACCAGCCAGGGCGCGAAGGGUGGGUAUGUCUCCUCCUGCCUGGCCGGGGCCCUGGCCGUCAUGGUGGCCGUCUAUAUUGCUGGCGGAGUCUCAGGCGCCCACCUGAACCCUGCCUUCUCACUGGCCAUGUGUGUGCUGGCCCGGUUCCCCUGGUGGAAGCUGCCCAUCUUCAUUGUCAUGCAGACCCUGGCAGCCUUCCUGGGUGCCGGUGCUGUCUAUGCCCUCUAUUAUGAUGCCAUCCAGCACUACAGUAAUGGGACCCUUGCAGUCACAGGUCCCCGGGAAACCGCCUCCAUUUUUGCCACCUACCCUGCACCCUACCUGUCCCUCCAGAGUGGCUUCCUGGACCAGGUGAUAGGCACAGCACUGCUGCUGGUGGGCAUCCUGGCCAUCGUGGACACCCAGAACAAGGGCAUCCCAAAGGGGCUGGAGCCAGUGGCCGUGGCCAUGCUGGUGCUGGCCCUUGGCCUCUCCGUAGGCUCCAACUGCAGCUGUGCUAUCAACCCUGCCCGUGACUUCGGGCCACGGCUUUUCACCUAUGUGGCAGGCUGGGGCCCCCAGGUCUUCAGGUGGGUAACAAGGGCUGGCCAUGGCUGGUGGUGGGUGCCAGUAGUGGCUCCCCUGGUGGGGGCCGUGGUAGGCUCCAUCUCCGUGCAGAGCGUGGACACCCCUUCCCUGCUGGCGCUGGCAUGA